AUGGGAUCUAGAUUGAGACGAUCAAUCAUUGAUUGUUAUUAUCGUUUUUCUAGACAAAAUGUUAAACAUUUAUUUGAGUGUUUUUGUGAAGUGGCUGCUCCAGUUGGUGAAAAAUCAGCAUGGAUUUUACAGAGAUAUCCAGAAUCGUUUGAAGAUAAUGAAAUCUUAAAGUCAGUUCCGAAAUUUUCUUAUCCAUGUGAAUUCGAAAAAACAACUGUGCAGCAUUUUUCAUUUGUUCUCACAAGUAUUGAUUCUAAAUGGACUUUUGGUUUUUGUCGACAUGAUCCAAAAACUGAAACUGCUUUAGUUAUCUUGAGUUCACUUCCGUGGCAUGAAAUGUUUUAUAAACUUUUAAAUCAUAUUGCAUCACUCACAACAAGCAGUAAUAGCGGAGAUUUAUGGAAAUUUCUUGGAGAUGUUUAUGCAAGUAAUAUUCCUAUGCCUGGAACGUCAGUUACUAUUGCUUUACCUGAUCCAAAUAUUACAUUUUGUUGUCAAAGUCCACGUCAAUUUGAGCUUCCUAGUAUACCAGAAAACCGAAAUUUAACCGAGUAUUAUAGUGCAGUUGAUUCACACAAUAUGAUUAUGAUAUUUGCAUCAAUGUUAUAUGAACGUCGUAUAAUAUUUACGUCUAAACGACUAUCAAGGUUAAGUGCCUGCGUUCAAGCUUGCAAUGCUUUAAUAUAUCCAAUGAUUUGGCAGCAUAUAUAUAUACCAGUUUUACCUGUAGCUCUAAUAGAUUAUUUAUUAGCACCUAUGCCAUUUUUGAUUGGUGUUCCUACUUCGAUUCUUGAGCGAGUACCAAGAAACGAUUUGGGUGAUGUUGUAAUACUUGACGCUGAUAACAACACCAUAGAAUCUCCAUUUCAGGAUUUAGAAUCAUUGCCUCAAGAUGUUUUAAAUAAUUUGAGAAAAGCUUUACGCAAUAGACCGGCUCUUCUUGGUGAUGGUGUGUCUAGAGCAUUUUUACGUGCAUUGGUCCAACUUACUGCUGGAUAUCGAGAAGCACUUACACUUCAACAAGGAGAACGGAUAACAUUUGAUCAAAAUGCAUUUGUUGAAAGUCGACCAUAUUCAAUGCAGCCAUUUCUACGAAAAAUGUUGGAAUUGCAAAUUUUUCAGCAAUUUAUAGAAGAAAGACUACAUAUGCUCAAUUCUGGACUAGGAUUUUCUGAUGAAUUUGAAAUGGAAGCGUGUAACUAUUCAGAUAAAUCAACUAGUAAAAUUAUCCAACAGUAUCGAGAGUGGACUACUACAAUGAAAAAAGAAGGAUCUGCAUUUUUUCGUAGUGUCAAAGAUAAGGCAAAUCCGGCUGUGAAAAGUGCUGUUAAAUCAGUUAAAGAUAAAGGAAAAAAUAUGAAAACUGUUUAUAAAGGAUUAAAAUGGAAAAAUCGGUCGCGUGGAAAUGAAAAUAGUAUACGCUUUCAUCAGCCUCGCUCAGCUCCUAGUUCACCUACAUCUGACAGAAAGCUUAAUAUAUUUGGCUCUGGUUUUAAAUCACCCAGUGGAUUCACCGCAACAACUAGUUAUAGAAAAGAACUUAGAUUGCGCAACAGUAAUAUUCCUGAUACAAGGAAACAGUACUCCCCAUUGAACCCAAGUUCACCAGAAGAAUCAGAUUCUCUUCCAGAAAGAUUGAAUAUAGACUUAAUGAAUGAACUUCAAGAUGUGAUAUUUCCAAGUACACCAACAGUAGAUAGAACGUUGAAACCAGUACGCAGUUUAGACAGUUUACGAUCUGCAUGGACUGGGCGCUUGAGGCACGGCUCACCUCCCUCUGUACCUUCCAAUGAAACCUUACCAAACAAAAACUUUCAAUCUGUUUCUUUAUCAUUAAAAUCGCCUAGUAAUAUUGUUUCUAAGGUAGAACGUACUGAGGAUUCAUAUGAUAACCAAAUCAAAAAAUUUAACAAUCAAAAUCCGACCAUAUUUUUUACUAAACAAAAACUAUCACAAACAGUUGCUACUGGCAGUAUAGAUAAAAAAAAUAAUGAUUUAAUAAAAUUAACAAAUCCGUUUAUUAACUUUGAUGAAAGAUUAAGUCAAAGUAAAGGAUUGGAUUUGGACAAUCCAUUCGCAAAUGGUAUGAUUGGGAAAGAAUAUGAUCCUUUCGAUACGUCUCAAAUACAUACCCUUCUCAAUAGUUCUUUCAGCGAUCCUAUCAUGCAUAACCCAUUGAAAAAAAAUGAUUCCUUAUCAAAUAAUGAGUUGUCCUCAUGCUCUGCACAUUUGAAGGAAACAGGUGCGGUGCCAGAUUUAAUUAGACUGGAUUCAACAAAUAGCGAUGAAGAUAUUGAUCCGCUUUUGUCAAAAUCUUUUGUAAACACCAAUCAAAUGUCUCAAUCGCUCCAUAUACCUACAUCAAGUGAAGGCUUAAGUAAUCCUCUUUAUCCUUACUUUUUACCUCGACAUAAUAAUACUGACAGCAAUGAUGGAGUGGAAAAGAAUUCUAAAGAUGAACUGGGUGAUUUAGAUUUACUCCAAGAGUAUGGAUUAGAUUUUCAUAAAUUUAAUUUAACAAAUGGUACAUCUUCAACAAGGAUAUCAGAAGCCACUAAUAACUUUGAUAAUGUUUUUGGUUUAUCUUUUCCGACAUCUACGGCGAAAUCACAAAAUCAUUGGACAAAAUUCGAAUAA